AUGCCGCCAGUUCCACAACAACAAGUUCAAGCACACCAAUUUGGUGGUGGUGGAAAAUUUGCACCAAUCGCUCCACCAAAACCAUCAAUCACACCAUACUCAGAUGCGACAAACUGCAAAAAGAGCUCAAAUCACAUCAAAAGACCAAUGAAUGCAUUUAUGGUUUGGAGUCAAAUGGAACGACGAAAGAUUUGUGAACAUCAACCUGAUAUGCACAAUGCUGAAAUCAGUAAGCAACUUGGGUCGAGAUGGCGACAUUUGACAGAGGAGGAAAAGGCACCAUUUGUAGCAGAAGCGGAGAGAUUAAGAGUUAUGCAUAUGCAGGUAAGAUUUGAAAAAAAUUGGGGAAACUGAUAAAAAUAAGAAUUUUGAGAAAUAAGAAUUUCCAUGAAAAAUCGUUUUUUUUUACUAGAAACUUUUCCAAAAACUUUGAAAUUUCUCAAAACUCUGAGCGAUAGAGCGAACUUGUGCCUAGAACCCGACAGUUUCUCCAUGGACACAGAUCGAAAAAUGUUAAUUUUCCCAUUUCUAGGAAUACCCUGACUAUAAAUACAAGCCACGCAAGAAGCCAAAGAAGAAUCCAGAUGGUUCAUUGCAACAACCAUCUUCAUCAGCAGCAGGAUCAGGAGCCUCCGCAUCUUCGCAACAACCACAACCAACACCCUCAACAUCGAAAAACUCGAAUCCAGGAGGAAGUUCAGCAGGAUCAUCAAGAAAACGAACUUACACUGAAGAUUUCUCGAAUCAAAGCAAUAUGGCGAAGGCGAUUAAAAUGGAACCAAAAUAUGGUUAUCCAAGUCCACCGGAAUUCAAUCACAAUCCAUUGACACCGGAAUCUGGAUUUUAUGAUGAUUUCUAUCAUUAUCAACAACAACAAGCACAGCAAGCUGCUCAACAACAUCAACAACAUCAUCAUAAUAUGUUUGCACCAAAUAAUAGUAACCCAUUUUAUGUGCAAACUAGUCCGCCAUCAUCGCAUGAGGUAACUUUUCCUAUUUAUAAUAUUAUGAAAAAUAUUAACCAUUUGUUUUUGCAGGAUGAUAUGCGAUCUCUUAGUUCAAGUUCAUCUGGUUAUGGAAGUAUUCCACCAUCCACAGAUUGCCAAAUUCAUGAAAACUUUGCCACACAAAUUGCACCAAUCGAAAAUGUGCCAGCUCCACAAAAUUCCCAACAAAAUACGGCACAAGGAAAUGCCGACGAUUUUUCGGGAAUCUGCCCAACAAUCACUGAUUUGCCAUUUUAUGGAACCUAUUUGUGGGACGAGGUGUACAAGACAAUUUUGUAA